GCCUGGCUUGCUUCAUACUCCGCUUCUCCAUGCUUCCUACAAAGGCUAUGCUUGUAGCAGUUCAGCUGUGAAAAGCAAGGAAUGGAGAUAUUUUUUUGCCUGCUCCUUCAAAUAUAAUUACCUAAUAGAAGUAUAGAGAAUUUUCUUUUUGGGGUGAGCCUCAGGCCUGUUGGCAAGGUGUUCACUAUUAGGCUCAAAUCCAUUUCAAUUCCAGAUGAAAAAGGGAAAAUCCUGUAGUUUUUUUUUUUUCUGCCACUUUUUCCCAAUUACCUAUUCAUUCUGCUGGCUCCACUUGAAUGCAAAAUUGUCGUCUGAGUGAAACUACAAGAGAAGAAUAAGAGGCUCCUGAGAAUAUGUUGCAUUCAAGAGCUUUCUUACUGUUGGAAAGAGAGUUUGUGGAGUUCAAGCAGGCAAAUAUAUUUGGCAUUUCUGUUAUGCCUGUGGAGGACAAUUGGAUGGAAUGGAUAGCUGAAAUUGGAGGGCUGAAGGAUACCUUAUGGGAAGGUGCUGAGCUUCAGCUGUCACUGAAAUAUUGUGCAAACUACAAUGCCGUGCCUCCAACUAUCACAUUCACCACUAUUCCUUUCCAUCCCAAUGAUCUCACAUUGCACGUCUUAAAUCGUAUAAUCAUUCUUUUCGAGGUCAAAUUUGUUUUGUUGUCUAAUCCUGUUCUGAACAAUGCCGUGAACCUGGAGGCAGCUCAAAUGCUGAGGACAAAUUAUCGCCUAUACAGAGAAAAAGUUGUACAGUGUGUCACAAAUAGCAAGCAACUCGAAGCUAUUGCCAAAGAUUGGGAUACAACUUCAAUCAAGUUUUAUGAAAAAUCAAAAGAACCGAGCUCGCACAGAAAGGCAACAGGGGUCUCAUAUGAAGAAUAUUAUAUAACAUGGUUUAAAAUUGCCACAUCAAGACCUGCUGAAGAUUUUAAACAACCAGUGUUUGAAGAUCCGGAGUAUAUAGGAAACCGUUACAACUGGAUGGCAGAGAAUGUGAACAGAGGCUACUGGGAUGAAAAUUUACAUAACGUUUUUGUCUCUGAUUGCAUUGAAAAGCAGAAGAAGCAGCUAAUGUUAGAAAACUGGACAGGCCAAUGCACUGUCCCAAGCCCACCUUCAGGAGCAUCUAGAUCUUCAAAAACGUCUUCCGUGGGAUCUAAGAAGAUGGACAAAAGCAAAAAUGAAGAACAAUGGGAGGACGAAGUCGAAGGUCUUGUUCUGUGGUCUACAAAACUUGACCAAGAAAAAUUAGAUUAAACAACAGUCUUUACUUCUAUUACUCUUUUAAAAAGUACUUAUUUGUUGAUAUUCAGACAUUGGCUGGGGAAAACCCCAUGCAGUUCAGAUAGAAUCUGACUGUUACCAUGUUUGCAUUGCAAAAUGCCUUUGACGGCCUGAAUUACAGCUGCCAGAAUACCCUGUUUAUAAAAAAAGUCCAAAUGCAAGCACCGUUAAACCUGAGGUGAUUUUAUCAAAUGGACAGAAAUUCAUUUACGUUUUGCACAAGCUAAUGUUAUUCAUGGCAGGGUAGAUAGUGUAAACUGCUUUCCAAAGUAUGAAGUAACUGUAGAGUUACAUCAUCUACUGACAAAACAAUUCUGACGAUAUAGCAGAGAAGCAUAGAGCAAAUA